AUGGAUAUAGCAACAGGUCCCGAGGCGCUGGAGCGGUGCUUCUCCCGGGGGCCGGCCGACUGCGCCAAGAUGCUGGACGGGAUCAAGAUGGAAGAGCACGCCCUGCGCCCGGGGCCCGCCGCCCUGGGGGUGCUGCUGGGCGCGGACUGUCCGCCCCCGGCCGUGUGCGAGGGCUGCCAGCGGCCCAUCUCGGAUCGCUUCCUGCUGCGGGUGAACGAGGCGUCCUGGCACGAGGAGUGUUUGCAGUGCGCGGCGUGUCAGCAAGCCCUCACCACCAGCUGCUACUUCCGGGAUCGGAAACUCUACUGCAAGCAGGACUACCAACAGCUGUUUGCAGCCAAAUGCAGUGGCUGCCUGGAGAAGAUUGCCCCGACGGAGUUUGUGAUGCGGGCACUGGAGUGCGUAUACCACCUGGGCUGUUUCUGCUGCUGCGUGUGUGAGCGGCAGCUGCGCAAGGGCGAUGAGUUUGUGCUGAAGGAGGGCCAGCUGCUCUGCAAGAGUGACUAUGAGAAAGAGAAAGACCUGCUCAGUUCUGUCAGCCCAGACGAAUCGGACUCAGUGAAGAGCGACGACGAAGAUGGUGACGUGAAGCCCACGAAGGGCCAAGCCAGCCAGGGGAAGGGCAGUGAUGAUGGGAAGGACCCCCGGAGGCCCAAGCGGCCACGGACAAUCCUCACCACGCAGCAGAGGAGGGCAUUCAAGGCCUCUUUCGAGGUCUCCUCCAAACCCUGUAGGAAGGUCAGAGAAACACUGGCAGCAGAGACGGGGCUCAGUGUCCGAGUAGUCCAAGUCUGGUUUCAGAACCAGAGAGCAAAGAUGAAGAAGCUGGCAAGGAGGCACCAGCAGCAGCAGGAGCAGCAGAACUCCCAGAGGUUGGGCCAAGAAGUCAUGUCCAACCGCAUGGAAGGGAUGAUGACGUCCUACACUCCCCUGGCCGCUCCCCAGCAGCAGAUUGUCACCAUGGACCAGAGCAGCUACGGCACAGACCCCUUUCAGCAGGGCCUCACCCCUCCUCAAAUGCCAGGUGACCACAUGAACCCCUAUGGGAACGACUCGAUUUUCCAUGACAUCGACAGCGACACCUCGUUAACGAGCCUGAGCGACUGUUUCCUGGCCUCCUCGGAAGUGAGCUCCAUGCAGGCCCGGGUGGGGAACCCAAUUGACAGGCUGUACUCUAUGCAGAGUUCAUAUUUCGCCUCCUGAAAGUGAGAGCGAGUGGGAGAGAGACAGGACCCGUCUAUCCGUCCUCUCGCCUGCCGGCCCGCUCCUUGCUCACAGUGACUGCGUCUCCAGUGCAAACUUGACAGCCAUGCGGUGCCCCGGUGCCCCGCCCCGCCCCCCUACC